UGCCCGCAGCCGCCUGUUGUCUGAUCCGUGGUUGGCACGUCAUGUGGCAGGUAAAGAUGAAAAUGGCCACGGAGGUGAGGUGGCUAUGUUAUGCCGCUUUGUUUUUCAUCACGACAUAUGAAGUUUCUGGUAACGUGCCAUUAAGAAGAUUUGAGUACAAGUAUAGUUUCAAGCCACCGUACUUGGCGCAGAGAGAUGGAAGUGUACCUUUUUGGGAAUACGGAGGAAAUGCAAUUGCGAGCGCAGAGAAUGUUAGAAUUGCCCCGUCUCUGAGAAGUCAGAAGGGUGCGAUAUGGACAAAGAUGAAAACAAACUUUGACUGGUGGGAAGUGGAUAUUAUAUUUCGUGUCACUGGCAGAGGAAGAAUUGGCGCAGAUGGAUUGGCAUUUUGGUAUACAGAAUCUAAAGGAGCGUAUGAUGGGCCAGUGUUUGGCAGCUCAGAUAAGUGGGUUGGUCUAGGCAUCUUCUUUGACUCGUUUGAUAACGAUAACAAGCACAAUAAUCCGUAUAUCAUGGCUGUUGUCAAUGAUGGUACUCAGGAGUUCGACCAUCCUAAUGAUGGUACCACGCAGCUGUUGGCAGGCUGCUUACGGGACUUCCGAAACAAACCGUUCCCAACCAGAGCAAAGAUCGAGUACUACCAGAACACACUUACGGUCUUAUUCCUCAGUGGGAUGACAAACAACGAGCAGGACUUUGAGGUGUGUCUGCGUGCAGAAAAUGUGGUGUUACCAAAAUAUGGCCACUUUGGAGUUUCAGCAGCCACAGGCGGCCUUGCAGAUGACCAUGAUGUAUUACAUUUCCUGACAACCAGCCUGCACCCACCUGGCCAAGCCCCAAUACCUCCUGGAAGCCUUCAUGUCUCAGACGAGGAACAGCGCAAACUUUCGCAAGAGUAUGCCGAUUAUCAGCGCAAACUGGAACAACAGAAAGAGGAAUAUCACAGGGAACACCCAGAGGCCGCCAGGAAGGACAAGGAUAGCGAGUUUGAAGAGUGGUUUGAGUCUGACAACCAGCGUGAGCUUAGGCAGAUCUUCACUGGGCAGAGUCAGAUGUUCGAAAUGAUGCGAGAACUGAACCGCAAGCUGGAUGAAGUGGUUGGGCGGCAGGAGCGAACACUGAGCUUACUGUCGUCUGUUCAGGCCGGUGUUGCACCACCAGGCGGCGCUGGGCAGGCCCCGGGCCAGCCAGUGCUAGUAGACACCAUCCGGCGCCAUGAGGUGGAGCUCGUUUUGAGCAACACAAAUGCCAUCCUGAACGCAGCUCGAGAUAUAAAAACUCUGACGCAGGAAGUUCAUGCCCGUUCAGAUUCCAUACUGCAGAACCAAGCUCGCCAGCCUACAGCACAAGUGCAGUCUGUGGGUUAUGAUAUGGCAAGCCUCGUCAGUGAAAUGCGAGAUGGACUGAAUACAGUAAAGCGAGAUGUUGCUGCUGCUAGCCAGCGACUUGGAGGUGGGAAUGGAUCCCCUGGGGGCUGUCCACCACGAACUACCUGCUUAUCCACAACCUACUUUCUCGUGUUUGGUGCAUUGCAGGUUGCAAUUAUUGUGGGAUAUUCUCUCUGGAAGGACAACAGGGAAGCACAAGCAAAGAAGUUCUAUUGAAGACAAUAAGAGUAAACAUUGUGAUCAUCGGGUGGCUGAGGCUCCAUGACCGUGACACCUCAUUCUUUAUGUCAUGGUGGUUGAGUUAGACAGACAGUGACAUAGUUACUAUGUUACUUUCAUAAUGACGCUGGAUGUUGUUCAAGCCAAGAAAGAAUUCUGACUGCUUGGAUAUUGCAUCGGUUUUCUGCAUAUGUCCCAUCAUUAGGUGUUAUUCUUCACUAUAUUAUGGAUAUGUUUUCAACGAGUGAUCAGACGUGGUCACCAAAUUAAUUUGUACCAUUUGAUUGCAGAAUACAGCAUCGUGUUGUCAUCUGGUAGCUGACGCUGAGCACUGAUCCUGUGUAUAGAUGCAUUUAACCCAUUCAGGUGUUACAAUUGUCUAUUUUCUGUUUGAAGCACUUUAUUGAGGCUAAUGGAGCAUCUUUAGGUAGGAAGUUCUCACAGCUGACUGUCUUCUGGGGUGUGACACCAUGUAGUGUCAUAGAUCAUUGCGGAUACUUCGCAGUAACCUCCUGCCUUGCUGAAACUGGAGACGAGGUUGCUCUGAAAUCUUUGAUGUUCAGGCUUAAACGUUUUAAGGCGA